AUGGAGCCACGACCACCAGGCAGCCCCCCAGAGGAGGAGACCCCAGGACCACCGUGUGCAGGAGAAGAGGGGUCUGUAGAAGAGCAGCCUGGCGUGGGGCCCAGAAUAAUUCUGGUGCUCCCUUACAUCAAGCCAGAGCGCCCCGAAAGCGCCUCAGAACAUCAAGAGGCCGACCACCUGGGCGAGGACACAGGUGCCUCCACCAGCUCCUGCCCCUGCUAUGGGACCAACGAGGAGUUGCCCCGCUACCAGCCCCCCGGGCGCCCCGAGGACAGAGUGAGUGGGGACCCCCAACCGGGCAGGAAGAAGAUCCCCCCCACAAAGGGGCAGGAACCCCACCACAGGCCUCCAUCACCUGUGGGACGGAAGUGUCUUCAAAAGAGGAAGAACCAAGAAGGCUGGGAGGAACACCAUCACAGUCUUCGUCCUUCGGACAGCAGGGAGGCUGCUGGGGACAGAAGAGCUACCCCCCCUGAGGGCGGGGGACCCCCCAGCAGCCCUCCUCCUCCUGAGGGACGGGGACCUCCCAGCAGCCCUGCUCCUCCUGAGGGCCGGGGACCCCGCAGCAGCCCUACUCCUCCACCUGAGGGCGCGGGAUCCCCCAGCAGACCUCCUCCUCCUCGGGAGGCAUGGAAAUCAAAGAAGAAGACCAAGCAUGUCCGGUGGGCAGAUGAGCAGGACCAGAGCUCUCUGCCCCACCACCCCGAGGAGGAGGCAACGCAGCUGCAGGCAGAGGGGUCUCGACAGCCUGGCCCCAUUCUGGAAGAGAACAGCAGCCAAGGGCCGUCCGAAGAACAACACCUGGAGGCGCCCAGAAUGAAGGAGGCCAGGCCGAAAAAGAAGACCAAGAAGAAGACCCCCUCGUGCCUUAGCCUCCGAUCCCUCUUCUCCCGGGUCCGGAAGGCCUUUCAGAAAGCGCCACCACCUGCGCCACCUCCGGAACCAGAGAAGAGGAGGCCACUCGGCCCGUGGCUGAGGCGGUGGCUUCAACAACGCCGCCGCAGCUGUUUCCAUCCAGAGGCCCUUUAA